AAGAAAAGUCUCUGCAUCCUGAACACCAAGGAGUAUUAGGAGCAGAAAACAUGAAAAUCAUUCUAGUCUUUCUAUUCACUGCCCCACUUGCUCUUUCAGCUAGAGCUGAGAAGGAUUAUGCCUCCUUUGAUUCUGCCGCAUCUCCCGAGACGAAGUCAAGAUUUGCCAUGUUAGAUGAUGUACGAAUCUUAGCUAAUGGACUCCUCCAGCUUGGGCACGGUCUUAAAGACUUUGUCCAUAAGACGAAGGGGCAGAUGAAUGACAUCUUUCAAAAACUUUACAUUUUUGAUAGGUCCUUUUAUGAGCUCUCACUGCAAACCAGUGAAAUCAAAGAAGAAGAAGAACAGCUCCGACAAACUACAGCCAGACUGCAAAUCAACAAUGAAGAGAUAAAGAAUCUGUCACAGGAGAUGAAUUCAAAGAUUGAAGACCUCAUACAAAAUAAAAUCCAGCUGCAAGAGAAAGUAUGGGGACUGGAAGACAAAGUCACAAAACUGGCCACUAUCCAGCCUUCAAUGCAAGAGACUAAAGAAAUUUCUUCACUCAAAGCUUUUGUGGAGCAGCAGGACAACCACAUCAAACAACUUCUCAAAGUUGUAGAGGACCAACAUGUGCAACUUGACAGGCAGCACAAUCAAAUAAUGGAGCUGGAGGACAAGCUAAACCACAUAGAGCUCCAGGAACUCGCAGAGAACUCCUUCACAGAGGAGCAAACAGAACCAGAGGCCAUUCCCUUUCCUGUGCGCAACACCACAGCUGUAACAUACCAAUCUGAUGGCAUGGCUCCUGACUGCACUGCUCUCUACAACGGCAGCAUGCGGUUCAGUGGUGUUUACACCAUUAAGCCCAACGGCUCAGAAGCUUUUGAUGUCUACUGUGAAAUGAAAUUUGGCAGUUCCUGGACUGUAAUCCAGAACAGAGUGGAUGGAUCACUAGAUUUCAACCAAACCUGGGAUGCCUAUGCAAACGGUUUUGGUGACCUCAAUGAGGAAUUCUGGCUAGGCCUGAACAAGACCUAUUCCAUUACUAAACAAGGGGACUACAUCUUACGGAUUGAACUGCAGGACUGGAAAGAUAAUAAACGUUACAUUGAGUAUGCGUUUAGCUUGGGAGGACCGGAGACAGACUACACUCUCCAGCUUUCACGGAUCUCCGGCAGUAUCCCCAAUGCACUGCCAGAACAGACAAAACUGCAGUUCUCAACUCCAGACAGUGAUGCGGACACGAGAAAUGACUUCAACUGCCCAGAAAACUACCUAGGAGGCUGGUGGCACAGUGAAUGUGAGGAAACUAAUCUUAACGGGAAAUAUGUUGCACCAAGGACAAGAGGAAGAUUAGACAGAGGAAAAGGCUUAUACUGGAAGCCUAAGAAAGGAAGAUACUACUUGCUCAAGUCAACCAAAAUAAUGAUACAUCCAACAGAUUUAAAAAGUUUUGACUAAAAGUUCAACCCGAUGCAUUUUGAUGCAGAACAUACACACUGAACAUUACUACAUCAAAGAAGUUCACGUUAUAUUUAAUAACAGAUGCAUGUCUAAAUCUAGACAUUGUAGGGUGUAUUCUCCAAUACAUAACCCUCAGGUAUUUGUGAUGGCCUUAUAGUUUGUUUGGUGAGUAUUCCCAUUCCCCCUAGCUGUGACUUUUGUGGAGAUUUUACCUCCUCAGGAUGAGCCUCUUCAUGGCUAGGAACUGACUGCCUAUUCAUGUAUCAGAUAAUAUUGCUUGGGGGAAUGGAUUUUCAGACUGUUGCAUUCAUUUCUGGGUUGUGCAGUAGGGAACAUGGAUAGCGUUUCAGUAAACAGAGGGCUGACUACAGAAGACGUUUAGGUAUUAACCUAUAGGGAAAAAAAGAGAUUUUUCUUCAUGAAGUAACUACUUCAAUGUUUGGUUCAUGUUAUUGCUGUGGAAUUUUUCCAUAAGCAAAUGAAAGACAGGCAAUUCCCCAUUUUAGGGUUCUGUGUAUUUCCUGACAAAUUUUCUGCAGUGUAGCUCAGGCCAGUCUUCGCUGAAGCGCUGUACUCAUACAGGUAUAGAAGCGUAUACACAUAUCAAGUAAGCCACAGCACAGACCUAAUCUUCUAGAUACUACAUUUUGAAGAAGAACUUAAGAACUAGACUUUCUUAAUGAGCUAAGCUUCAAAGCUUACUGAAAUAAAGAAGAGAUCUUUUCUUCUCAUUGGAAAGGAAUUCAUAGCCAUCCCUUUGCAACCUUUUAGUACACCUAAGAAAUUAAAUGAAAGACCAAGUGAGCACAUGACAACACACCUUUCAAACAGAGAAGUUGCCUGUGGGCGGCAACUCCAGUGGAGUCAGUGGUACCAACUAGUGCACCCCAUAGGCACAACCUGCAUGACAGCGCUGGUCCUGCUCCUCAGAACACAUUCACGUUAGUUUAACUUUGGCUGCAAAGUACUGUAAAGCAGAAGGACUACUGACGUGCUUGUGGAUGCCAGCUGUGGAAGUGCUGACUGACAGACUUCAAUUCUGCAGCUACCUUGAGUCAUAUUGACUUAUAUAUUUUACCUAACCUUUGUGCAGUACAGAUUCUUUUAUCUCAACAUUUGCAACCAUGUAGAAAAUGGUCUUAAACUGUAAUUUGUCAGAGUGAAGCAACUGUGAACAGAAUGUGCUAAUCACGGAGAAAUCAGAAAAAGACUUCUGUUCUUCAUGGAUUUAUUACAAAGAAGAGUUCAUUUAGGGCUGCUUAUUUUUACUGUUGUGUUGUAAUGUUUAAUUAACUGUCCAACCUCUAGAAGUAAGUAAGUAAAUAAAUAAAUUACACUUUUGGAAAGACAUGAGAUACGGAACUUGACUAAAAACUUCCUGUAAGCUUUGAUUUAUAAAAUGCUGGUUUGUAUUCCUCUAACUUUUACAACAAGAAGUAACUGACUUGGAGAGUAAAUUGGUGAAAUUACCAAACUAAAGAUGACAGUUCAACCAAGAGGUGCAAUUUCUUCAAAGAUACUGUGAAAAGGCUAUAAAGGAACAGAGCUACAUAGUGAAAAGAAAUCUGCUCACUGCCUUGGUUUAGUUACAGAAACGUUACUGUUUUCCAAGAUACCUUAGAAAAAUUUCUUAUCUUCUAGAUAUUCAGAAAAAUGUUUUUUCAAGCACUGUAAACAAAUAAAUUGCUUUUAAAUACGAAUUAAAAUAUGACUGGAUUAUGCAUUUUUUUAUCUUUAUUCCUCACUUUAAAGAAAAGAAGAAAGUCACUAAAAGUGUCAGAAAAUAAUAAAAACAGUAACAGAAUGAUGAUUUUAGCACACAGACGAUGCAAAAAAACCUACAUAAAACUGAAAAGAAUUCAACUUAAUUUCACUGAGAGUUUUUGGAAACAGAGAAACCUCUCUGAAGUUCCCAUUCACAGCCAUGUUUCAUGCAAAUAUGUCUGUCUCUUCACAUCUGUAUUUUCUGCUGUAUCAGUUUGGAACUUUUUAUGUCCCUGGUACAGCUGAUCUACUGAUACAACAAGUUUUGCAAUGCAUGAGAUAAGGUAGAAAUUUCUAUAUUUGCCAGUCUCAGAUGCCAAAAUGUGAAACGUAUUUCAAAA